CGACUGUCUAAAUCGGAAUCACCGGAAAUAAAGUCACUGACACACUGGCGGAAUAUUAAGGUAGAGAAAACGUGAAUAACGUAAAAUGUGGAACGAGAAAAGUCCGGCCAACAUCAAGGAAAACACAGGAAGAAAAUAUGAAGAUGGACAUGAAAAUGGAAUAAUGAAAACAUGAAGAUGAUGAUGAAUGACAUAUGGGACGGAAUAUAACGAAUAUGGUGAGGACUCCUCGGUUUGGCUAGCGGUUUCGGUGGAAAACUGUACUGGAGGAACGUCUGGCAAGGUCGCAGAUGACACAACAGGCGCAGCAACGUACGAAGGAGGCAAAGAUGAAAUGACGGAUGGCGUUUCUGAUGAAAUGACAGAAGACAAUGAUGUGGCGGAUUGCAGACAGGAUGAACUGAUGGUAGAGGAACUUACGGAAGAAGCAGAUGAGGUCGCAGGUGCCUGUGGCGGAGCAGAUUCCAGGGUGCUGGUGGUCGGUGCAACUGGGAGACGAGAAACAAAUUUCAGGCUGCCAGGAUCAAUGUAAUUACUAUUCGGUUUGAGUUCAUGAUGACACAGCUGGAGAUGAUUCUCUAGAGACAGCUGGGACAAGUGAUGAAUACUGCGGAGGUGGAAACGCAUAUCUGUCUUUCGCUUGCAAGUAGACUUACAUCCUGGGAUGG